AGUUUUAAAGUAGUGUUUACACAACAGUACUUGUGUCUCAGUACCCUGUCAUCAUGAAACAGUAAUGCGAUACAGGCUCACCUGCUAAAUCUGUGACUUGGAGUUCAAGGGGCUUUUGCAAAGGAACAUGUAAUUCCUGGCUUUAACUUGAUCCUUUAGCAUUUUGGUGAUCUGGUAAAUUGCACUUAAGUAAUUGCAGUUGAUCCCUUUAAAGACACACUGCCUAGCAUCCUGAUCUGUUGAUGUCAGUCCUUCAUGAAAAUAAAUAAACCUUAUUCCAUAUGAGUAGGCUGUAUACUUGGAGUUUCUCUUGAGCUUGUGUAGGACGUGGUGUACUAUCUAGAACAGAGCCCUCCUGAUGAGCAGGUGAACAUAGCUGGCCAUUUUGGAUUGAAAGCCUGGGCUAUUAGGUGUCUUCUGUGUAUCUUUAUUAUCACAGCGCUCUGUUGGACACUCUUCAAAAGGCUUGCUGUGGAGACGAUUAAUCCUACUCAUUUCCUUUAUUUUUCUCUUAAAUAAAAUGUAUCAGUUGGCUGGAAAAGUAGAAAGAUGUUGAGCAAGUGUGGGCAUGAGUUGAGCAUAUUGGCUGUGAGUACAGUUAAAAGCCGAGCAACAAUGUUCUGAAAGUUACUGUUGACAGUAGAAGAGAAUAGCCUAAGAGUGAGUCAGUCUUCUAGGCCAUUUUAUUCAUACCUUGUCAGAAGUGUCCUUCUUAGAUAGGACCCACUCACCCCGUGCCACCCCUUGUUUGUCCUAUUUUCUCCUUUGAGACAAUUAGACAUUCUGAUGACACAUAAAUGACACAGAUCCGGCCCCUUAGUUUUGGAAUUAUUUGUCUAUAUCCUUCACUGUCCUUUGCAUCUUAGUAUAGAGCCAGCAUCUGCCAUUACCAUUGCUCACCUUCUGAUCCAGACACUCAGAGUCACAGUGGUCUGUCAUGGCACUGACCUGUCAUUGUCUUGUAAGCACUCUUAGUCCUGAGUUCUGUUUUGUUAGCCUAAGCACAUAGGCAGUGUUACAUCACUUUUCAAGGGCUAGUUUCUCCUCCUCUUAUGAAGGGACACAUGAAACUAGUGAUAGUCUUUUAGAAUCUCCUGUGAAAAUUCCUUUAAACUUCUCUGGUUUAAUAGAGUUAAUAGAGUUAUGUAUAUACACAAUAUUGAAUUAUAAUAUUUUCUAAAUUCUAAAUAAAGGAAACGAUAAUAUAAAACUCCUACCUCAAAACUUAGGAUAUUUAUAAAUAAGGUCAUCUGCAAUUCAAUAUUUAACUCAUGGCUUGAUGAAACUGCUUUGUAAGGAAUUUUAGUCUUGUGACUCAGUUCGAAAGCAGCACAUUUUAAUUACUUAAAUGUAGAAGCAGUAUAAGACAUUUUAUACUCUUUGCACUCCUUGGUUUGCCCUCUCCUAUAACAUGCCUUGGUUUUCUCAAAUGCAGUUUGUCCUAUCUCAUGGCUUAUGCAGUUUCAAACCGUCACUCUGCUUCUUAGAAUCCUCUCAGCCAUUGCUUCUCAGACUUGCGUAGUCAUAGAAAUCAGUGAGGGUCUUGUGGAAAUGUGGGUUCAGACUCGACCAGAAGUUCUUCUCUGACCAAGAGGAUGCUUCCUGCCUCUGCACCAUGCUUUCAGGAACAGGGAUCCUGACCCUGACAAGACUCUUUACCUCAGGCUUCCCUUGUAUUGUUCACAGACAAGCUUGGUUGCUUCUUAUCUGGGCGAUACCACUGGGCAAUAUAACUUCAUUGUGUAUUUUGUUUUCAUUGUUUACAUAUCCGUUUCCUUGGUCAGCACAGAUUUCUGCCUAUAGAGCUGAGCCUCUCAUCCCUGUAGAUACAAGGCCUAUGUCCUGGUUAGCAGAGAGUAGAAUCUCAGAGAAGUACAAAUGUCUACCACAAGACGAAAACAUAAUGUGUUAUGUUGUUUACCGUAAGCUGUAGUAAAAUGAGCUCAAUUGUUGACAGAGAUGACAGUAGUAUUUUUGAUGGAUUGGUGGAAGAAGAUGACAAGGACAAAGCAAAAAGAGUAUCUAGAAACAAAUCAGAAAAGAAACGUAGAGAUCAGUUCAAUGUACUCAUUAAGGAACUGGGGUCUAUGCUUCCUGGUAAUGCUAGAAAGAUGGACAAGUCUACUGUUCUACAGAAGAGCAUUGAUUUUUUACGCAAACAUAAAGAGAUCACUGCACAGUCAGAUGCUAGUGAAAUUCGACAGGACUGGAAACCUACAUUCCUUAGUAAUGAAGAGUUUACACAAUUAAUGUUAGAGGCUCUUGAUGGUUUUUUUUUAGCGAUCAUGACAGAUGGAAGUGUAGUAUAUGUAUCUGAGACGGUAACUUCGUUACUUGAACACUUACCAUCUGAUCUUGUGGAUCAAAGUAUAUUUAAUUUUAUCCCAGAGGGAGAACAUUCAGAGGUUUAUAAGAUACUAUCUACUCACCUGCUGGAAAGUGACUCCUUAACCCCCGAGGACUUAAAAUCAAAAAAUCAGUUAGAAUUCUGUUGUCACAUGCUUCGAGGAACAAUAGACCCAAAGGAGCCAUCCACCUAUGAAUAUGUGAGAUUUAUAGGAAAUUUUAAAUCUUUAAACAGUGUAUCAACUUCAACACAUAAUGGUUUCGAAGGAACUAUACAGCGCACACACAGGCCUUCUUAUGAAGAUAGAGUUUGUUUCGUAGCUACUGUCAGAUUAGCUACCCCUCAGUUCAUCAAGGAAAUGUGUACUGUUGAAGAACCGAAUGAAGAGUUCACAUCUAGACACAGUUUAGAAUGGAAGUUUCUAUUUCUAGAUCACAGGGCGCCGCCAAUCAUAGGCUAUCUGCCGUUUGAAGUCCUGGGAACAUCAGGCUAUGAUUACUAUCAUGUGGACGACCUAGAAAGUCUGGCAAAAUGUCAUGAGCACUUAAUGCAAUAUGGAAAAGGCAAAUCAUGUUACUAUAGGUUCUUGACCAAAGGACAGCAGUGGAUUUGGCUUCAGACUCAUUACUAUAUCACUUACCAUCAGUGGAACUCAAGGCCAGAGUUCAUCGUUUGUACUCACACUGUAGUAAGUUAUGCAGAAGUUAGGGCUGAAAGACGGCGAGAACUUGGCAUUGAGGAGUCUCUUCCCGAGACAGCUGCUGACAAAAGCCAAGAUUCUGGGUCUGACAAUCGUAUAAACACAGUGAGUCUCAAGGAAGCACUGGAAAGGUUCGAUCACAGCCCAACUCCUUCUGCCUCCUCCAGAAGCUCAAGAAAGUCCUCGCACACAGCAGUCUCAGACCCUUCCUCAACGCCGACAAAGAUCCCCACUGAUACUAGCACUCCUCCCAGACCGCACCUGCCAGCUCAUGAGAAGAUGACACAGCGGAGGUCAUCCUUCAGUAGUCAGUCCAUAAACUCCCAGUCAGUUGGUUCAUCAUUAACACAGCCAGCGAUGUCUCAAGCUGCAAAUUUACCAAUCCCACAAGGCAUGUCACAGUUUCAGCUUUCAGCUCAGUUAGGAGCCAUGCAGCAUCUCAAAGACCAGCUAGAGCAGCGGACACGCAUGAUAGAAGCAAAUAUUCAUCGGCAGCAAGAAGAACUAAGGAAAAUUCAAGAACAACUUCAAAUGGUCCAUGGUCAAGGGCUACAGAUGUUUUUGCAGCAAUCAAACCCUGGACUGAAUUUUGGUUCUGUUCAACUUUCCUCUGGAAAUUCCAAUAUCCAGCAACUCACACCUAUAAAUAUGCAAGGCCAAGUUGUCCCUGUUAACCAGAUUCAGAGUGGGGUGAAUGCUGGCCAUGUCAGCACAGGCCAGCACAUGAUCCAGCAGCAGACUUUACAAAGUACAUCAACUCAGCAGAGUCAACAGAGUGUAAUGAGUGGACACAGUCAGCCAACGUCUCUUCCAAACCAGACGCCGAGCACUCUGACAGCCCCACUGUACAAUACGAUGGUGAUCUCUCAGCCUGCAGCUGGGAGCAUGGUCCCGAUUCCAUCCAGUAUGCCGCAGAACAGCACCCAGAGUGCUACAGUCACCACGUUCACUCAGGACAGACAGAUAAGGUUUUCUCAAGGUCAGCAACUUGUGACCAAAUUAGUGACUGCUCCUGUAGCUUGUGGGGCCGUCAUGGUGCCAAGUACCAUGCUUAUGGGUCAGGUAGUGACUGCCUAUCCUACCUUUGCCACACAACAGCAGCAGGCACAGGCCUUGUCAGUAACACAGCAACAGCAGCAGCAGCAGCAGCAGCAGCAACAGCAGCAGCAGCAGCAGCCGCAGCAGGCGCAGCCGCAGCCCCAGUCACAGCAGAGUUCCCAGGACCAGCCGCAUCCUUCAGUUCAGCAGCCAGCUCAGCUGACCCAGCCACCACAACAGUUCUUACAGACAUCUCGGUUGCUCCAUGGGAAUCCUUCGACACAGCUCAUCCUCUCCGCUGCCUUUCCACUACAACAGAGCACUUUCCCUCCUUCGCACCACCAGCAACACCAGCAACAGCAGCUCCAUCGGCACAGGACUGACAGCCUGACUGACCCUUCCAAGGUCCAGCCACAGUAGCACACGCUUCCUCAGACACUGGAGAGGAAGGGGAUGGCCAGAGAGACUCGCUCAGAUGGCAUGCGGUCAGAAGUUCAACAGUUUUGUGAGGGUCGUCUUGAGUGCUCCAGUUCCUUGAGUAGUUGGUAGGGAAAUGCUGCCCGGCGCUUCAGAAGUCCAUUAUAUACCAGCCAGUGGGAAAUGGUUAUAGGGACACAGCCAAUUCUGACAGUUUCUUUGCCCAGGUAUUUUUUGAUAGAAAGAGUAUAUUGCCAAAUGCUAACAAGCUAUCAACCAUGAUCUUUACUGAGUCGGAAAAGCACUAACAAUGUUGGUAGCUUUAAGUGGGUCUGUGCCUGUAUCAAAUAUUAUAGAGGACACACCACUGCCAGGGGUUUGCUUCGAAUGCCAUGAAGAUAGUCCAGUAGUUAGUAGUCCCACCCCAAACUCCUCCCCCUGUUCCGAUAGUGAUGGAACCGUGAUUACGUUGAGAAUGUUGUGCAGGUUUGAAUUCUCUGUGUACAGAUGCUGUAAGAUGAUGUAUCGUGUGUCUGGAUGGAGGCGAGAAAGCAGCUUUGUGUGUGCAGCGUGCCCUCCCUCACAGGUACCAGUACAUUCAUUAGACUCACCACCGUGUGCAGACUGAGAACAGCUCUCGUCUCGUCUCGUUUACAACACUGUGGAGUUGUAGAUCUUCUCCAGGGCACAAGUCUUCCUGUGCGUGCUCUGGUUGUGAUGUCACAGUUUGUUCAUGUGCUGCUGGGAAUGGAUUGUUUUUAAGGUUAAAUUAUUCUACAUUUCCAUUUAUUCAGAAAUAUCCCUUAUUUCAUUAUUUUUCAAUUAUGCUUGAGAGAAUUGCACUGCUUUAUUAUUUUAGAUGGUUGGUUGAGAGUUUGAUCUCAUAUUUUGAUAUAUUUCAUAGUUGGAAUAUUUAUGUAAAUGGUUUUCAACAAGCCUGAAAGUGAUUUCAAGAAUGUUUCAGUUAUAAGAGUAAAGUUUGCACACAAAACAUUUUAGGCACUUUUUUAACAUUCUCAGAGGUGGGAAUUUUAACUUUUAGGAUUUGUUGGAAUCUUUUUUAUUAUCCUUAAAAAUUUCAAUGCUUCUUUUAGUCAGAAAUGAUUCAGGGUUAUUUGAGGGGGAAAAAAACCCAUAGUGCCUUGAUUUUAAUUCAGGUGAUAAUUCGCCAUCUUGAAUUCAUCGUCUGGUUUCAGCAGCAGUUUUGAAACCUUAGUACAUUUUUAGCAGUGUGUGGUCUCAGUGUCACUCUCAAGUCCCCGUGAGGACGGCUGAGCCUCUUGGACUACCCCAACAGCACCACAGAAUUAUUCCCUGGUCGCAUCUUCCUUUAAAGCUAAGUGAGUCUUUGGAGAAUCACCAGUAAAUGCGUGCUCAGAGAGAGGGGGACACGUUGUCUUGAACCCUCACCGCAGCACUAGAAUAAUGUAACUCACAGGCUUUUAAACAUACAUUAAGAUUUCAUUUGGCAAUAUCCUUCUCUACAGGUAAUAAACUCCAACAAUGCUACAUACAUUUUAAAAGCAUUUUUUUAGAUUUUAUGGUACUAAUAAUGGAUUUUUCAAUGAUGGGACAAAAGAUUGUAGAAAAUAGAGUAUGAAGUGCUACAGAGAAAGGGGGUCGAGUGUGGCAGAUGAGAAUUGACCUAAAAGUGAAGUGUGCGAUACUAAGGCUGCUAAAAGAGGUGUUCAGAUACCCAAGGCACAGUUGCUAGGUAAGGGCCCGGGAGCUCAGAGUCCCUGUCUGUCCUCAGUCUCACUCUCAUCCUAUGUCUUUGCUUCCCUGUUCACCUGGCUGCAACUGAGUUAGAAAGUCAGUGAUGAAAAGUAAACAACCAAAGAAAAUUGGUACCUACCUUCUGCAAAAGAAGUGUGGCUAGAUACCAGUCAGUAACUCACAUAUCACAGAGUCCUCCUAGCUGACAUUCUUAUGGACACCAGGAGUAGUUGUGAGAAUACGUGUUUAUGCAGGUGUGUACACACAUGAUGACGUCAUGUAAGUAGAGCACCCACAUUGCUUUUCUCCCUUCCAAAUUGCCUUCUUCUCUUACGCCAUUCCAUGUCAUCUGAGUUGUGCCUCAUUUGUCUUUUUGCAUUGCAUAGUGAUAAGCAUUUAGCUACAGGAGAUACAACACGCUAGUUAUGUAAUUCCUGUUGUUCUUCACCAUUCAGCUUCCUGCUUACGAGUCGCAGUUGAUAAAGGCGCUCCUAGCUGCUGACGUUGCUGUCCACAAGGCUGCACAGCAGUUGUGUGCACGAGCUGCCGCUUAGCUCCUUAACUCUUGGUUUCUUUGGAUGGCAAACUGUCUCUGUCUGCUCCCCACAAGACUGCAGUAUUCUGACAAAAGUUCCUCUUCUGCCUGUUCAUUUCUGUAGCCAAAGCUGACUGAAACCCCAAAUCUAAAUCAUGAAAAGAUACCAAAUAGAAACACUUCUCAGCUUCUUAGAAACUUUACCUUCCCCUGCUCUAUUUCAUGGGGAUUCAAGUUUUUUUGAAAAUUUUGAUUCUGGGCAGCGCUUUUUAGUUAAGAAACUGUUAGGGUAAAGGCCACACAGGUUCUGGUUGUCCUGCUGCAGGUUCCUUGCCUGGACUGCUUCUACAUGGGGUGACACAGGAUUAGAACAGGAAGCACAAAGCUGCUCUUGAGGCUGCCAUCAAACCAGAGCCUCGAUAUUGAAAAGUAGUCCUCUUUUCCACCUUAGAGGCUGCGUGGGAGGACAGCAACUGUGGCAGUGGGCAGGCUUGCAAAUGAGCACUAAGGCCUUCCCAAGCUCAAUCCUAGUCAGGGUAGCAUUGAGUGCUGUGCUCUGCUGUCACUAGACAGGGCUUAGGCGUGUACUAAUAAAAGAUGCCAGUGCUUUGAAUAGUUUGUGAUAGAAGACUCCAUGCUAACCAGCAAGUGUUUGAAUUCUGUGUGCUGUGUAGUUGGUCCUUGCCUUAAAGCAGUCUCUUGGAAGUUAGGAGCACUGGGGCAGUCCAGCCAUAUGUGGGCAUCAUGUUGAGGGAGAUGAGCCUUGUUCAAGCCUUAGAAAGGACCCUUAGUCUACACAGGUAGAUUCUUUUCACUUGGGUAUUACUGUGUUUAAAAUGUGUCCACUAUGUUGAGGCAAUUUAAGUGGAACACAGAUAGCAUUUUUAGUAUUUCUUUUUUCUGUUUCUUUGGUGAUUAAAGGUUUGUUGGUAAACAUUUGUGUAAAAGUUGUUCAAGCCUCUCAUCUUUCCAGUACCUGUGGUCCUGUUGUUAGAACCAGAAUCCACGAUGGAAAGUAUAAACACUGGAUAUUAACAUUGCUGAGGGCGCAUAGCCAGGAGCGAGCUGACUGCAACUUCUCAGUGGUGAAGAAACAGCACAACACGGCACUUGCCAUUUUCAUAGUGAUUGCAUAGAGACCUUCUAAGAUUGUCUGGAUUGAGUGAAUACUCUUCUAAGAGGAGCUUCUCAAGUAAAUGCAAAGGAAAAGAGUUGACUAUUUUUAUAGCAUAUUUAAUAUAUUUGUAUAUAUCUAUGAGUGUAGUAGGAACCCUUCACAGGCCUCCCACUUUUCUAAUCCCCUCCCCUUUUACCAUAGCCUAGUACAGCCUCAUCCGCAUGGGUAAUGUGCCUAUCGUCAGCCUACCUACCAAAAGAUAGUGCUGCUGCUUUCUGAGACAGGUGAGAUCAGACUCUCAUGCCUGGGGAUCCUUUAUGGGAGGAAUAGCACACUUAGAACAACACACCACAGUUUAAAAGCAUCAUUUUGAAAGGUAAUAAGCACUUUAUUGCAAUUAUUCAUUUAGAUAAAGUUUGUAUCUUAGGCAUUAACCAUUUUUAAAGGAUCCCCUAAUCAUCACUUAGGUGAAAUUAUAAAUGACACAUUUCUGAGAAAUGUUUAGAUCCAGUGAACCGUAGCAGGUUUAUGGGAGUGAUUUCAAGGUAGCCAAAUAAACUCGGACUUCUGUUUUGAAUGUGGUGGAGUCAGGAGAUUGUAGUUGCGUAGUUUGAUUUAAACACUAUUGUAAACCUAUCUUGCCUAUUGUGUGGACACCAAAAGAGACCAAUGAGCCUGUUUAUUUUCAGAGGUCUAGGAAUAUGCAUCUGUCUGAGUAGAUAUACAGAACUAAUCUAUAAACGGUUGGUAGUAAUAUUUUAGGAUACAGUAAUUUCAAGAAUUAUUGAGUGUUUUAAAUGUGCCCUGAAAUGUUGGCAUGUCAUUUCAGCGUUCCCAUUUGAGUUGCUCUUGUAAUAUUUUUGCACAAAAAGGACUGAGAACAAGACUGCUUUGGUUGAAGAAAACUAUAAUUUGGUCUUAUUUUAAUGUCUCCUGUGGAAACACUGGAGGUAAAUUGGUUGGCAUAGUUACUAAUUCAGGAUAUUUAAAACAGUGUUGAACAGCUCAUCAGAAAUUAAGCAAACUUAUAUAUUUAAAAAUUAAAAUUCUUUUUUUCCACGUGACUGUUUUGCAUAUUUUUUCCGUUGUCAUACCACUACAUUCCUUGUUUUUCUGAUAUAAUACUUUGUAAAACAUUCAAGUAUUCAACAGGACUUUGUAAGAUGCCUGGGUUCUCCCAGGAAGACGUCCUAGUGAACUGAGUUAUAGUUGUACAGUCUGUGAAGACUGUUGAGAUUCCAUCACCACCACCAGCAAACACUGAGGUGCUGAGCUAAGCGACAAUCACCAUUGUAAGUAUUUACAGGACGUAGGAGAGGCUGCGGGAACACUUGUUCCCAAAGCAGUUCUCUGGGUUUCUUACAUAAAAUGGCCAUGUAUUUGUAUCUCUACAUUGUCUAGUUAGUGAUUUGGUUUCCUGUAUUUAGUUUAUUGCAUCAUUAUCUUGUUCUUGGAGAACUGGCUCUUGUUUGGGGCAGUCACUACACCCCACCCUCCAGUGACUCUCCACUGACAGCUCAUUGGGGUCCAUUGUACGUCGAUGGUGGUGCGGGUGUACUUCCCUCCUGCUCUGAACUCAUUUGAGGAAAGAACAUUAAAAGCUAGCUUCUUUCAGCCCUGCUCGCACUACUCAGCCUUUUCUAGUGUCACUUGUUGCCUUCCCUGAUUCAUGGGCACUUUUUAUACGGUUGUUCCCCCAAUAGUCAAAGGCCAGUAUGACAGAACCAAGGGCAUAUGUUGCCUGUUUUUGCCCAUUUGGGGAAAUGCUAGCAAAGUAAUAUCUAUUAAUGGCUGCCAGUCAUCCUUAUAUCCAUACAUAAAUGUCCUUAUAUAUAUAGUUUAACAAUCAAUGUAUGCACACUGAAAACUUUGAAAAGUUGGCUAUCUUUAGAUCCUCCAUAGUCCAGCAAAGUGGUGCUUAAACAUGGGAAGCCGAGCUGAGGGGCUCCUUCCUGCUCACACACACUGGGAAAUGACCUCCUUCAGCACUACCGUGGCUCUGGAGCCCCACAGGCAGAGUCUAGCACACACCCCUGGAGGACAGUUACGAAAAUACUGUCAGACACAAAAUGGGUUUAAUGACCUUUAAGGCAUUUAACUCUGAGGGGGGUAAAUUCAAAAUAUACCAUUUUUUGAUGUUUGGUUUUAAAUCUGAGAAAACAAACUGUGACAUCGCUUUAAGAAAUGACAUCCAAAUGUUUUAUGUUUGAGUUGGCCUGUACUGGUUCACAUUUAUUGCUGGCAAUGGUUUUAAGAGUAUUACAAAGCUAAUAUACAGAGGAAACUGUUAAGUUGUAUAACUAGACAAUCAGCUUCAAGCAAAGACAUUGCCUUCAAAAAGUCCAUUAUUAAGCAAUGGGUGUGUCAGCCAGAACUGGAAUUUAUACCUUUCUAAAAUGAUUUUAAAUCUAUUUUCCUGUGGUUUAAGUUGGGGAAAGCUCCAGUAUAGCACUUUCAUAUUUACCCUGUGUAAAGAUUAAAGCCCAAAGACAAAUUAGUGCUGUAUUAAAACCAGUUAGUGCAAAAAAAAAAUAUAUGUUUUAUCUUUGUAAAGUUUAAUUGUUAAAUUGGUUAGUAGUUGUACAAACAUGCACCAGGUUUUUCUAAGUUCCGUGUGUCUUGCUGUGCUGUUCUUGACAUUGCUGUCCUUACUGCUUGGUUCUGGGUUUAAACUGAAACAAUAAUAGACAGAGCCCAUCGUUUCUGGCUGCCGAUCUCGGAUAAGCAUUCUUCCCCUCCUAAGCAAACAUGUGAUUGAAAUAAGCUUAAUUCAUAGAACUGAGACUGACGUUCUUUCAGGUAUCACCACUUUGCCAAAACCAGAACUAUGAAGGAUUAGGAAUGGUUUCAAUGGUGCUACAUUAGGUUCCCUGGUUUUCAUAAGCUACGUUUGGAAAUACAGUAUUGAAUAAAAUGUAGACUCUUGUUAACAGCUGAAUAUUGCCAUUUUAAUUGGGUCCAAUAUAAUUGGUUAUUCUUAUCAAAGUUAACCUUUGGAGAAGUAAAACUGUUACAUCAGCACGCCUCACUCAGGCUUAUGCUGCAUGACGGGCACAGCUCUAACUUAGUCUCAACAUGCCAUCUAACACUCUCUUCUCUAGACCUUCGAGUGUAUUCAGAACCUAAAGCUACAGCAGAAGAGCCAAGCAGUAGCAAUGUUUGUUUUAUUUAUUUUUUUUGUAAAUGUAAAAAUAACUAGAUCCAGACCUGUUUCCUUUGAUUUAAAAUAAAGAAUACCUCAGUGCUGCUUCUCAGAAUCACCUGCUUCAUGUGGCACAUAAUGUGUAAGAGUCCCAUUUGGAUUUACAAAGACUAUUAAAUGUUUUUAAAUCUGUCA